GCCAUAUUUAUGAAUUUGUGAGAAUAGUGCGGUAAAACUGCAAUUAAUAAAAAAAAUAGUCCAAAUUCCUGAAAUGCUUUUCCUCUCUACUACCUUUAACUAACCCUAAUCCCCAAAUUCAUGAAAUCUAAAUUCAUCUCUAUCGUUUUCAGUGUGAUUUCAAUCUUAUCUCUCUCGUUUCAGUUCGCGACUUCAAAGAACCCUAAAUUUCAGUUCGCAAAUUAUAGAUAGAGAAGAUCAAGUAGCCAUUCAGUCGGUUCCUACAACUCAUUUUUUCUCGCAUUUGCAUUAGCAACAGAAGAAAAGCAUGAAUGCUCCUGAUCGUUACGAGCGUUUCGUUGUUCCUGAAGGAACCAAAAAGGUAUCUUACGAGAGGGACACAAAGAUCAUAAAUGCGGCUUCUUUCACCAUUGAAAGAGAGGAUCAUACGAUAGCCAACAUUCUCCGCAUGCAACUUCAUAGAGACCCUAAUGUGUUAUUUGCUGGAUACAAGCUUCCCCACCCUCUUCAGUACAAAAUUAUUGUCAGGAUACACACCGCUAGUCAGUCUUCGCCAAUGCAGGCAUACAAUCAGUCUAUUAAUGAUCUAGAUAAGGAACUUGAUCAAUUGAAGAAUGGCUUUGAGGCGGAGUUGUUAAAGUUCUCAAAGGACUAUUGAUUUACAGUCAAGAUAGAAUUUGUGUGCAUCAGAAACCUUUGCAGAUAUUGAGACAGAAGAUCACUUCGGCUUAAUGGAAUUUAUAUAUGAUAUUUUGUGAGACUUGUGAAUGAUGCUUUUGUUGGACUAAGAACUUUUCUUUACAGUUAUGAACAAUUUUAAAGCUGACACACUGAGUGGUAUCCUGACGUCUUGAAAUCUUAUUGGUGAUCUUGUGUUUGUAAAACUUAUUUCACAUACUUUGCAAGUUACAAGUAGAUUUCCUAGUUUUAGUAUUGACGAAGUGGUAACACAAUAUAAUUUCGUUAAACUUCGUCAAUUCAAACAUACACUUUUGACUUGUGCAUGAUGCAAUGAAUGACACAUUUAAGUUUUUCAA